ACAGCAAGUCCCUACCAAAAACAAAUAUAGCUCUCACAAAAACAAGAACCAUCACUCUCUCUCUCUCUCUCUAAAACAUGCAGAGGCAAUCACUGGGUUCUCCCUCUUCGAAGCUUGUGAAAGAUGAAUCCCAAUCUUCCUCAAUUUCAUCCUCAUCUUCACCACAAACUGCUGCCUACGAAGAGGAAUGCCAGCUCAAGAAGCUCAAUCCCAAAACCGCCGCGCCCCACUCCUACAUUCACCUCAUCCCUCUCCUCACCCUCCUCUGUUUCCUCAUUCUCUAUCUCUCUUCCCACAACCCCUCUCUCCACGAGUUCAAUGGAGUGAACACCAUUUCUGACCCAGCUGAAAAUAUUUCGGAAUUGCAAGGAAUAUUGGAGAUUCAGAAAGGAGAUGUAUUGGCCGCGCGGAGCUUGAAGAACUUGAAGCAGGAGGCCAAGCAGCGGCGCCUCCACCGCAAAAUCCCCCAUUUUUAGGUCUCUCUCUCUCGUGACAAAUUUACAACAUUUUGAUUUUGAUUUUGAUUUUGAUUUUGAUUUUGACUACCGUCGGUGGCAUCUUUUGUUUUCUUUUUUAUUUCUUCUUAGUUUUCUAAUGUGAAUUUAAUGGCGAUUAUAAGUAUUUGUACACGUGUAUUUAUCUUUUGUGCCUAUCUAAUAUGAACAGUAACUUUUCUAUA